UUACACCUCUGAGUUCUUGUUGCAUUUACAAGGCAGUAGAUAUUCUCAGCAUGUUAUGUUUCAAGUGAAUAGCGUAAGCGAUCUGAUUGAACGGUGAAUUUAGCUGACGAAAUCAAUAUAGUGGAAUAAAAACAACGCCUAGUCUUUUCACUGCAACCUCAAAGGAAGCAAGACAAUGUUGUCAAAACUAGCGCUGGAUACCUGAGCAAAAUGAAGGCCUUUCUGCUAGUUUUGGCCCUGUUCCUGCCCAUCAUAAAUGCCCAGGUUCCUCACUGGGGGCCGUGUCCAGAACCUGCUACUCAACCUGCCUUUAACCUAAAGAAGUUUAUGGGCAGGUGGUUUGAGAUCGCUAAACUUCCAGCCCAGUUUGAGCGAGGGAGAUGCAUCGAGACUAACUUCACUCUCAAGCUGGACGGAACGGCUCAUGUGGUGAGCUCUGAAAUUCUAAAAGGAGAGCUAAGAACAAUUGAUGGGACAUGUGUGGUGGAGGACAAAAAAAAUCCAGCAAAGCUUGGAAUCAGUUUCUCAUAUGUUUUGCCCUACACUCCAUACUGGAUUUUGUCCACUGACUAUGAGAACUCAGCGCUGGUAUAUUCAUGCACUGAUGUCUUGAGACUCUUCCACGUAGACUUCGCUUGGAUUCUGGGCCGCACCCGAUCCCUGCCUGCGGCCACCGUCGACCAUGGAAAAGAGGUUUUUACCAAUAACAACAUCGAUGUGAGCCGGAUGAUCUUAAGCAGACAGCAGGGAUGUGACAAAGACCUCUGAAUGACUGUCUUCCAGGAAAAUCCAGUGUUAUGAAGUUUUGUGUUGAACAACCUGCGGACUACAAAAGUAGUAUACUAUUCCUGUUAACCACUGCUUGGAUUAUGUGUUUAAUUUAACAAAGUUAUGGAUUUAUUUAUACCAGAAAUGUAAUUAAUCAGUUUUGGGAGUUACUGUACAGAAUUGAAAACACAAGUUUCCAAUUGAUCAAAAUAAAUUAGAGCACUAACCAAAACCAUGUGAACUUGCUUGCCUUCAUUUUCAGUGACUUUUGUACAUUUAGCACCUCCUUGUGGUCACAGAGAAAAAAAAACAACUACAAAAUCUACAAAAUAAUAAAGUACCAUCAAGUAUAAAUACA